AUGGUCUGGGAUGGGGCUUUCUGUUCCCUGGGGGAGGGCAGGAGGCAGUGGCAGCAGCCCUCCACCCCAGAGCCCUUCAACCAGAGCCAGUCCUUUCUCCACGGGACUUUCCCUCCAGGGUUCCUCUGGGGCACGGGGACCUCCGCCUUCCAGACUGAGGGGGCCUCGGACCGGGACGGGAAAGGCCCCUCAAUCUGGGACCACUUCACCCACACAGCACCCCACCGAGGUGUCGGAGGUGUCGCAGACACAGCCAGUGACAGCUACACCCAAUGGGAGGAGGAUGUUGAGGCGCUGGGGUACCUCGGGAUGCACUCCUACGCCUUCUCCCUCUCCUGGCCCCGACUCUUCCCUGACGGGGUUGCCACUAGUCAGCCCAAUAUGGUGGCUGUGGAGCACUAUGGGAGACUGCUCGACAGGCUGAGAGAGAGAGGCAUUGAGCCGGUGGUCACCCUGUUUCACUGGGACCUUCCCCAGGUCCUGCAGGAGCACUACGGGGGCUGGAAGAAUGACACCCUGGUGGGGUUGUUUGACGUGUACGCUGCCUUCUGUUUCCGGACAUACGGGGGACGUGUGAGGUACUGGAUAACCAUGCACAACCCAUACCUGGUGGCUGUCCAGGGGUACGGGACAGGAGUGCACGCGCCUGGAGAGACAGGGGACUCCACCGCCCCCUUCAUCGUGGCCCACAACCUCAUCAGGGUGAGUCAGUCAGGGUCAAGGGUCAGAAGAAGUCUGAAGUUGCCCCUAGAUGCAAAUCUUAGGUCAGUUUUGUGUUUUCCUUCCAAUGGGAAUGGUCAGGAUUUUGGAAGGGAAAGUUGUUCCUAGUUCUGUGUAAAAUGGCAACGACUAUCUGUACCCAUUUGGGAGGGGGGACAGGGGGUUGUGUUGUGAAUUAGAACCCUUUGGAUAGAUUGAAACUGAGACCCUGUGUUAGUCAGACUUUGAACUUUACUUUAGUCUUUGAACUUCUGUGGGUUUUAUCAGCUGAUGUGGUCAAUGAAUGUUUGCGUCUUUCAUUGGGUUCAAGACAUUGCAAAGAAAAUGUGUGAAGACAUAAAGCUUUAAUAGCCAUAGUACAUGCUGUGCUUUCUUCAAUCAAUCAGGUUAAACUAAUCCAAAAGGUUUCAAGUUGUGAUAUUCAAUAUUAGCUGUGCUCCUUCUGCAGCUAUUAGCAGUCAUUGACCUUGUGUGUUUACUGUUUGCUAUGAGAGGUUUAUUACAGCGAAUAGUAAACAGGACACUUAAGGAGACACUGGGGGUUAAAGUCUGUGACAUCAGCAGUUUUGUGGGUGGGCAGGCAGGCACCACAGCACAGCAGUAUGGCAGGAUGUUAGGAUGAUAUCAGGCUUCAUUAAUAAUCAGUUAUGUCCCAGCACAUACUAGGACACUGUACAGGUCCAAUAUCUGUAGUAUGUGCAAUAUCUCUGCCAUAAUGCAGUGCAUGUAUAACUGACCUCCAUUUCAUUUACACAUUUACAGGCGCAUGCCAAAGCGUGGCACACAUAUAACACCCACUUCCGCCCGACUCAGAAGGGUCAGGUGUCCCUCGUCCUGGGUUCCCAUUGGAUGGUGCCUCAUAGAGGCCAAACCACACCAGCCAAUGUCGAGCUCUGCCAGCAGUCCAUGGAGGCGGUGCUUGGCUGGUUCGCCAAUCCCAUCUUCAGGGACGGUGACUACCCAGCCUCCAUGAGAUCCACUCAUAGGGGGCUCCUGCCUGAGUUCACCCCAGAGGAGAAGCUCUGGGUGCAGGGAACGGCUGACUUCUUUGCCCUGUCCUUUGGGCCUAACAACCUGCGUCUGGGCCGGAGCCUGGCCCACUAUGGGCAGAUGGUGUUCCCAGAUCUGAGGCGGGUGCUGGGCUGGGUGCGGCUGGAGUACGGGGACCUUUCCAGUGCUGGUGGCAGAGGGGGGCUGGUUCUCAGAUGCAGCUGUGGAGAGGGAGGAUACAGUCGCUAUCUACCUGAUGAAGAGGUUAAUUAACCAGGUGCUGCAAGGUAAGGAGGGAGGAGGGGUCCGAGGAGGGGGCAGGGCUAGAGAAAACAGAGGAGGUCAACAAGAGAGCAUAUUUGACAGACUGACCCCUUUUAAUACAUUUAACCUCUGCACUGUUGUGCUAUUUGUACCUCUGUGGUAACUGUGUCUCCUCAUCUCAUUCUCUCUGUGUUUGUUUGUGUCCAGCGAUUGUGUUUGACGGUGUCAGAGUGUUUGGCUACACAGCCUGGUCUCUGGUGGAUGGUUUUGAGUGGAACUAUGGCUACAGUGUGAGACGAGGUCUGUUCUAUGUAGACUUCAGCCAGGCCAACAGAACCAGGGUCCCGAAGACCACCGCUCAGUUCUACAGGCAGGUCGUCAAGGACAACGGUUUCCCUGGUAAUGAGACCACCAGAGAGGUCAAAGGGCGUUUCCCAUGUGACUUCCACUGGGGAGUGGCCGCCUCCACCCUACAGGUGAGGUGAUGAGAAGGGGAGGAGAGGAUGCAGAGACGAGAGCGGGAGGAGAAAAUAAAGAGGGAGGAGAUUAUUUUAUUUAGCAAAACUGCUUUUCUUGCGCUCCAACUCGAACAGAACAUUACGCAAGCUAGGUCAUUGCACACCUUGUAAGAAAUAAACACAAACAUUUAUAUUCUUGUUCUCCUUUAUUAAAGGUAAAUUUCCAUCCCUACUCCCCUCAAUUCAUGGACCCCCACCUGUACAGCUGGAACCUGACAGGGGACGGGGCGCUGCGUCCUGUCCAAGGGGUCAAGCUCCACACCAGGAUGCCACAGUGCACUGACUACCUGGCCAUCCGAGGUCACCUGGGCAUCUUUGAGUCCACAGGGGCAUCUCACUACCGCUUCGCUCUCAACUGGUCCCUCAUCCUGCCCCAUGGAGAUCUGUCUAAUGUGGACACAGAGGCCCUGAGGUAGACACACACUGUAUAGUGUAUAUUGAAAUGUUUAACACACAUGCAAACAUACACUAGAAUGCACGCCUGUAUGGAUACAAACACACUUUGCAUUUUAAAUAACUUCAAACUCUUUUUAACAGAUACUAUCGCUGUCUCCUCACUGAGCUCCACAAGCAGGGCCUGGAGGCCAUGGUCACCCUCUACUACCCCACUAACAGAGUCCCUCUGCUGGGCUUGCCUGGCCCACUGCAUGGCUCUGGAGGCUGGCUGAACGGGAGCACAGUGGAGGCCUUCCAGAGCUAUGCAGCCCUCUGCUACAGGGAGCUGGGGCCCUGGGUCAGCUACUGGAUCACCAUCAAUGAGCCCAACAGACUGGUGGAUGCCUACAAGAGCGGAGAGGAGCAGCAUCUGGCAGCCCAUAACCUCCUCCUGGCCCACGCUAAGGUCUGGAGGCUCUAUGAGAGGGAAUAUCUCAGCCAACAGGGAGGACUGGUGUCCCUGGCCCUGCACGCAGACUGGGCAGAACCCGCCAACCCCUUCCUGGAGUCACAUGCAACCGCCACUCAGAGAUUCCUGUUGUUUGAGCUGGGUCGUUUCCUAGACCCACUACUAGGGGGCAGAGAGGGGGAGGGCAAGAGUGGCAUGUACCCUCCAGAGGUGAGGAGAUACUUGGAGGAGAGGGCGAGGGUGAUGGGCCUCCCUGGAUCCCCACUACCGCACUUCACCGACCGGGAAAGAGAAGAGCUACGAGGGGCGCUGGGCUUCAUCGCACUGAACCACUUCACCACGCGUCUCGUGUCACCACGCCCCUAUUCUCCUCAGACUGCCCCACCUAAACCCCAGCAACCUCAACCUCCAGACCAUGACUGCCUGCUGAUGUCUGACCCCACCUGGGCCUCCUCUGGCCUGGGGCAGGCGGUGGUCCCCUGGGGCCUCCGGAGGGUGCUGCACUGGGUGAAGGAGCGGUAUGGAGGGGGUCUGCCGGUUGUAGUCACAGCCAGCGGGGUUGACGAUCAGGCCCCACUAAAGGAUCUUCUCAGGCAGCACUACAUCAAGAGCUACCUGGAGGAGGCCCUCAGAGGUGAGGCUCUCCCUAACCCAUUCAAACUCCUGUUAAACCCCCCCCCCCCAACCCCAGUCCAACGCUAAACCACUAGCUUGCUCUUAUCAUAAAUAUCCUAGAGGUUCUAUGCUUAUUUCUAUAGUUCCAAAUGUUCCUAAAUAAACCAACCUCCUCUCUGCAGUUUCUUCUGCAGACAGGUAGUGUAGGGCACACAUUAGCAGCUUUUAGUAUGAGAGGUCGAAGGUGACGGGUCUUCCAGAUAAUUUCCUAACACACCACAGCACGGCCUUAUCAUCACGAGCCCCCUCAUAAAACUCAUGGACUUUACUGUAUGAGAAACCUUUGAGAUCAUAAAGUGAAUCCCAGUGAGAACUGUCCUGUUUGUACUGAGAUAAACAUCCUGUGCAGUACUGUAGCCACAAUAAAGCUUCAGUUGGUUUAUGGCCCCCCACACAGGUUGCAGCUUCUCUCUGUUGUUAUUGCUUAAAAUUGCUUUUCUGUAUGUAUAAAUUGUGAUUCUGACCUCCCACUUCUCCCUGUCUUCUCUCCCCUCCAGCUCGUCAGUUGGAUGGAGUCAACCUAAAGGGCUUCUACAUCUGGAAGCUGCAGGAUCGACACGCCCCUCAGUUCGGCCUCAUCACCUCUUUCCAGCACCAGUCCCAACCCAAAGCCUCCAUCGCAACCUACCGAGAGAUCAUUGACCGCAGCGGUUUCCCUGGCAACAACGUCACAUCUUCCUGUAGGGACAGCAACCACAGGACGGUGUGUUCCAUCUGCGCUCACAUCUCAGAGAACAAACCACUACUGUUCUUUGCUUCAUGUCUCCUCAUCACGCUAGCUGUGCUGGUGGCAGUCAUCAUCGUCAUCGUCAGGAGGAAGAGGACUAGGAGAAGGAGGGUGGGGGUGCCGGUGUGUCCUGUCCCAUUGGGGAUGAAGUGUCAGCUGUGGGAGAGAGUGGCCCUGCAGCGUGUAACGGAUAGGAUCCACGUGGUCCGCCGCUAGGGGUUUGGUCCUGUUGUAGUGGUUCUUAGGGACAGGUCUAGGAUCAUCCUACCCCCCCAAAUCCUAACUUCAUUCUACUCCACAAGCCCACUGGGACUGUGCUCAACACAGCGGGAUCAGCGAGGGCCAAGUGGUCAUCUUUACCAACACCAAGUGACUAAUAGAGUUUCUCUGUCUGAGCCCUAGAGAUCCCACAUAUUGAAAAACAAUGUAUCUCCAAUGAAUACAAUUGACAGUUUGUAAACUAUCACAGACAUGAAUAUGAUGUAGCCAUGAGACUGUUUUGUUUUUUCAAUGACAGCGGUUGGUUAUAAUUUGAGACCCUUCUAUGAAUGCUGCUAUUGUGAUGGACUGAUCGUGUGGGCCAACAAUUGACUGGCCUGUAUGACUUGUUAGUGUGCAUCACUCUGUGUCCUGAUCUCAUAUCUUUGUAUACUUGUAAUCAUAGGGAGUCUGGACUGAUGGCAGAAGUAUUUUUCUCUCUGGGCUCCAGAGAAAUGUUAUCUACUGAUGGCCAACUCAAGCACUUGUUCAGUUUUUUAGUGAAGAUGAUGUGCAAUGUCCUUGUAAAUACAUUCUGUCAAUGAAACCAUAAUAAUUUGCUAUAUAUGAAAUUCAAUAAAAUACAAGUGUAUGUUGCAGCUUUCCCUUUUUCAAAGUUGAUGUUUUCUGUUGUAGAAGCUUAAAAUAAAAAACACAAAAUGAGGUGAUAUGUCUCUGAUGUGUCUCUUCCCUCUUCCCUAUGUCUCUGAUAUGUCUCUUCCCUCUGCUCAAUCCUUCUCCCUCCAAUCUCCUGAUUCUGCCUCCUCAACCCUCCUCUCCUCCCUUUCUGCAUCCUUUGACUCCCUGUGUCCCCUAUCCUCCCGGCCGGCUCGGUCCUCCCCUCCAGCUCUGUGGCUUGAUGACUCAUUGCGAGCUCACAGAACAGAGCUCCGGGCAGCUGAGCGGAAAUGGAAGAAAACUAAACUCCCUGCCGACCUGGCAUCUUUUCACUCCCUCCUCUCUACAUUUUCUUCAUCUGUUUCUGCUGCUAAGGCCACUUUCUACCACUCUAAAUUCCAAGCAUCUGCCUCUAACCCUAGGAAGCUCUUUGCCACAUUCUCCUCACUGCUGAAUCCCCCCCCCCCCCCCCCUCCUCCCUCUCUGUGGAUGACUUUGUCAACCACUUUGAAAAGAAGGUUGACGACAUCCGAUCCUCGUUUGUUAAGUCUAAUGACACUGCUGGUCCUGCUCACACUGCCCUACCCUAUGCUUUGACUUCUUUCUCCCCUCUCUCUCCAGAUAAAAUCUUGCGACUAGUGACUGCAGGCCGCCCAACAACCUGCCCGCUUGACCCCAUCCCCUCCUCUCUUCUCCAGACCAUCUCCGGUGACCUUCUCCCCUACCUCACCUCGCUGAUCAACUCAUCCUUGACCGCUGGCCAUGUCCCUUCCGUCUUCAAGAGAGCGAGAGUUGCACCCCUUCUCAAAAAACCAACACUCGAUCCCACUGAUGUCAACAACUACAGACCAGUAUCCCUUCUUCCUUUUCUUUCCAAAACUAUUGAGCGUGCCGUCUUUAGCCAACUCUCUUGCUAUCUCUCUCAGAAUGACCUUCUUGAUCCAAACCAGUCAGGUUUCAGGACUGGUCAUUCAACUGAGACUGCUCUUCUCUGUGUCACGGAGGCUCUCCGCACUGCUAAAGCUAACUCUCUCUCCUCUGCUCUUGUCCUUCUAGACCUGUCUGCUGCCUUUGAUACAGUGAACCAUCAGAUCCUCCUCUCCACCCUCUCCGAGCUGGGCAUCUCCGGCGCGGCUCACUCCUGGAUUGCGUCCUACCUGACCGGUCGCUCCUACCAAGUGGCGUGGCGAGAAGCUGUCUCCGCACCACGUGCUCUCACCACUGGUGUCCCCCAGGGCUCAGUUCUAGGCCCUCUCCUUUUCUCCCUAUACACCAAGUCACUUGGCUCUGUCAUAUCCUCACAUGGCCUCUCCUAUCAUUGCUACGCUGACGAUACACAACUAAUCUUCUCCUUUCCCCCUUCUGAUAACCAGGUGGUGAAUCGCAUCUCUGCAUGUCUGGCCGACAUAUCAGUAUGGAUGACGGAUCACCACCUCAAGCUGAACCCUGGCAAGACGGAGCUGCUCUUCCUCCCGGGGAAGGACUGCCCGUUCCAUGAUCUCGCCAUCACGGUUGACAACUCUGUUGUGUCCUCCUCCCAGAGUGCGAAGAGCCUUGGCGUGACCCUGGACAACACCCUGUCGUUCUCCGCCAACAUCAAGGCGGUGACCCGAUCCUAAAGGUUCAUGCUCUACAACAUUCGGAGAGUACGACCCUGCCUUACACAGGAAGCGGCACAGGUCCUAAUCCAGGCACUUGUCAUCUCCCGUCUGGAUUACUGCAACUCGCUGUUGGCUGGGCUCCCUGCCUGUGCCAUUAAACCCCUACAACUCAUCCAGAAUGCCGCAGCCCGUCUGGUGUUCAACCUUCCCAAGUUCUCUCACAUCACCCCCCUCCUCCGCACACUCCACUGGCUUCCAGUUGAAGCUCACAUCCGUUACAAGACCAUGGUGCUUGCCUAUGGAGCAGUGAGGGGAACGGCACCUCCGUACCUUCAGGCUCUGAUCAGUCCCUACACCCAGGCGAGGGCAUUGCGUUCAUCCACCUCUGGCCUGCUGGCUCCCCUUCCUCUGCGGAAGCAUAGUUCCCGCUCAGCCCAGUCAAAGCUGUUCGCUGCUCUGGCACCCCAAUGGUGGAACAAGCUCCCUCACGACGCCAGGACAGCGGAGUCACUCACCACCUUCCGGAGACAUUUGAAACCCCACCUCUUUAUGGAACACCUGGGAUAGGAUAAAGUAAUCCUUCUACCCCCCCCCCCCCCCCCCCCCCCCCCCCCAAAAAAAAAAAAAAUAGUAUAAUUGUAAAGUGGUUAUCCCACUGGCUAUAGGGUGAAUGCACCAAUUUGUAGUUGCUCUGGAUAAGAGCGUCUGCUAAAUGACGUAAAUGUGCCCUUGAGCAAGGCACUUAACCCUAAUUGCUCCUGUAAGUCGCUCUGGAUAAGAGCGUCUGCUAAAUGACUAAAAUGUAAAAAUGUAAUUAAAUAUGCACAUAUUUGCAUAUCGUUCAAAUCCAUUUUUCAGGGCAUCGGAUUAAGUCAGUCUAAAUAUUUUGAUUUCAUUUUGUUAAGACACUCCAGGACCGGAUUUACUCAGAGCAGAUUGUGGAUAAAUACUUUUUUCUCAUCUUUCUAUCUGUAAAAUACUAAAGACAUGUACCUAAAAUGCAUUUUUGGCAAAUUUUUCUUAAGAAAAUGCCAUCUAGAAUAAAACAUUUACAACAUAUCAACAAUUCACUCUGGGCAAGUCUCGAGAAUAUAUCCAAGGAUAACCACACAACAUUCGGUGAAUAUAGAUACUUCUGAAGCUGAGGAAAAUUAGUUGGCAUGUGGGAAGAUUGACUUUCGGGAAAUGGCAGUUAAAGACAAGUACACUGAAUUUAGACUAAGAGCUAUGCAGCCCUCUGCUACAGGGAGCUGGGGCCCUGGGUCAGCUACUGGAUCACCAUCAAUGAGCCCAACAGACUGGUGGAUGCCUACAAGAGCGGAGAGGAGCAGCAUCUGGCAGCCCAUAACCUCCUCCUGGCCCACGCUAAGGUCUGGAGGCUCUAUGAGAGGGAGUAUCUCAGCCAACAGGGAGGACUGGUGUCCCUGGCCCUGCACGCAGACUGGGCAGAACCCGCCAAUCCCUUCCUGGAGUCACAUGCAACCGCCACUCAGAGAUUCCUGUUGUUUGAGCUGGGUCGUUUCCUAGACCCACUACUAGGGGGCAGAGAGGGGGAGGGCAAGAGUGGCAUGUACCCUCCAGAGGUGAGGAGAUACUUGGAGGAGAGGGCGAGGGUGAUGGGCCUCCCUGGAUCCCCACUACCGCACUUCACCGACCGGGAAAGAGAAGAGCUACGAGGGGCGCUGGGCUUCAUCGCACUGAACCACUUCACCACGCGUCUCGUGUCACCACGCCCCUAUUCUCCUCAGACUGCCCCACCUAAACCCCAGCAACCUCAACCUCCAGACCAUGACUGCCUGCUGAUGUCUGACCCCACCUGGGCCUCCUCUGGCCUGGGGCAGGCGGUGGUCCCCUGGGGCCUCCGGAGGGUGCUGCACUGGGUGAAGGAGCGGUAUGGAGGGGGUCUGCCGGUUGUAGUCACAGCCAGCGGGGUUGACGAUCAGGCCCCACUAAAGGAUCUUCUCAGGCAGCACUACAUCAAGAGCUACCUGGAGGAGGCCCUCAGAGGUGAGGCUCUCCCUAACCCAUUCAAACUCCUGUUAAACCCCCCCCCCCCCCCAACCCCAGUCCAACGCUAAACCACUAGAUUGCUCUUAUCAUAAAUAUCCUAGAGGUUCUAUGCUUAUUUCUAUAGUUCCAAAUGUUCCUAAAUAAACCAACCUCCUCUCUGCAGUUUCUUCUGCAGACAGGUAGUGUAGGGCACACAUUAGCAGCUUUUAGUAUGAGAGGUCGAAGGUGACGGGUCUUCCAGAUAAUUUCCUAACACACCACAGCACGGCCUUAACAUCACGAGCCCCCUCAUAAAACUCAUGGACUUUACUGUAUGAGAAACCUUUGAGAUCAUAAAGUGAAUCCCAGUGAGAACUGUCCUGUUUGUACUGAGAUAAACAUCCUGUGCAGUACUGUAGCCACAAUAAAGCUUCAGUUGGUUUAUGGCCCCCCACACAGGUUGCAGCUUCUCUCUGUUGUUAUUGCUUAAAAUUGCUUUUCUGUAUGUAUAAAUUGUGAUUCUGACCUCCCACUUCUCCCUGUCUUCUCUCCCCUCCAGCUCGUCAGUUGGAUGGAGUCAACCUAAAGGGCUUCUACAUCUGGAAGCUGCAGGAUCGACACGCCCCUCAGUUCGGCCUCAUCACCUCUUUCCAGCACCAGUCCCAACCCAAAGCCUCCAUCACAACCUACCGAGAGAUCAUUGACCGCAGCGGUUUCCCUGGCAACAACGUCACAUCUUCCUGUAGGGACAGCAACCACAGGACGGUGUGUUCCAUCUGCGCUCACAUCUCAGAGAACAAACCACUACUGUUCUUUGCUUCAUGUCUCCUCAUCACGCUAGCUGUGCUGGUGGCAGUCAUCAUCGUCAUCGUCAGGAGGAAGAGGACUAGGAGAAGGAGGGUGGGGGUGCCGGUGUGUCCUGUCCCAUUGGGGAUGAAGUGUCAGCUGUGGGAGAGAGUGGCCCUGCAGCGUGUAACGGAUAGGAUCCACGUGGUCCGCCGCUAG